CGGGUUGAUCACAAUUCAUUUAUCUAACCGGACCGCGUCAGUUAGGUAUCUGUGCUUUCAAGUCGCAACUACGAAAUCCACACAGCACUAUCAACCAACGAGCUUUCGUUGAAAACACGAAGUGAAAGAAUGAAAGAUCGAAAAGUGGAAAAAUGAAUGAAAAAAUUUUCGACAAAAUUAUAAAUUGAACUUUCUCCAGAAAGAAAAUCUAUCGCCGAAAGAAAGGGCGAAUGUGAUUGGUUUAUUUUGAGCUCUGACGUCACUGGAGCGAAACAAUUCCGAGGUUGUCGUCGGCGACUGUUUAAAGUUCAAAUGAAAAACGAGACAAAACACAGUUAAAUCAAUAUGUGGGGGAACAGUUUCUAAAAUCGCUGGAUCACUGAUAAGAUUUACAUCAUCGGCAUCGCCUUCAUCUGACGAAAAUUUAGGCUUACAAGAUUGAAACAGAGUUGAGGGAAAAUCACCGUAGAAAGGACAAUAAUUUGACUUUGGAUAMAGCGUAAAUGGGAGUCAUCGUUAUAAGUUGGUUCAAUUAGUACAGUUCAGUCGUUUCUCGAUUGAGCCGGAUUAUCUGUGUUGCCUGGAGUAAAACCAGCCAAUAUCGCGGAACUAAGUAUUGGGGUUCGACAAAUUGAAAUACUAAAGAAAUAUCGAACAAAGCGUGUUGGGGUUUCGAUAUUGUUUGUUAAUUCUGGUGUUUGUUUGUGAACUCACUGGUAUUGGCAGCUCUGCUUAAGGUUGAGAUAAACGUCAACUUCUCGUCGACUCCAUCACUCAGGAUUUGAAUCAAGAAGGAUUCAUCUUCUAGGCGCGUUUGGAAUUAUCACCUCUACUGCACUAAUCAUAAUCAGCUCCGCUAGAAGCAAACACAUCAAUUGACCUGUUUUGAACACGGUUCGACCGAGAACGGAUCGAUGUUAAACAGAUCUUAAAAUGAGACCGAUUCUCGUUUAUUGUGUGACCGCCUUCAUUCUUGCACUGACUUUAAGCGCAUCUAUUGUUACUGGGAAAAGCAAAAAAGACGUUAAAAUUGGAUUAUUAAUACCAUUUACAUAUGCUAGCCGUUUGUCGAACUAUUUCCAUCGUGGAAAGUACUAUGCUUCCGCUAUUAGUAUUGCUGUGGAUGAGAUCAAUCGACGACCAGACCUUCUUCCUGGCAGGAACAUUUCGUUUAUAUGGAACAACACAGAAUGUGACGAACUCAAAACGCUUCGCGCGCUGGUGUACCAACUCAACGCUGGUGUCUCUGGAUUUAUAGGCCCUGGGUGUACCUGUACGACUGCCGCUCGCAGCGCUGCUGCUUUCAACGUUUCCAUGAUAUCAUAUAUGUGCAGCAAUCCCGAAGUAUCAGACAAGAAGCUUUACCCUACAUUCGCAAGAACAUUUGCUAUUGACACCAAACUCACUCCUAGCUUACUCUCUCUACUAAAAUACUACCAAUGGCGUAGAGUGGCAAUAAUUUACGAGAAUGUUACCAAAUGGAUAGAAAUGAAAAAUACUAUCACAAAACGACUGACAGAGAAUGGAGUUCACAUCGCGCUGGAGCUGAUGAUGAGUCCGUCAAGCGUCUAUCGUCCGCAGAACCAUUCCAAAGUGUACAAAGAUAUCCUGGGACAGAUCAAGACUGAAGCACGAAUUGUUAUAUUCGUGACGGAAUUCUUCCUCGCGAGAGAAGGAAUGCUCCACGCUCUAGACCAUGGGAUGAUUAACGGUGACUACGUUUUUAUCAUGUUUGAACUGGAUCAAAAUCAAGUCAGUUCAUACGCCAAACAACCAUUUAAAUGGCUGUUCAGCAGCUAUCCAAGCACUCUCAAUCGUUAUAACCAUUUACAGCGAGCGUUUGCUGCUGUGUUUGUUCUUGCUGUUAAGAGUCCUUCUUCCAAAAACUAUUCGUUGUUUCAAGAAGAGCUAAAACGAAGAGCUCCUGAGGCGCCUUUUUAUAGUACAGUAUACAAGGGCUUCUUGUGGGAUAGCAACAAGCAUAACGAUUCUCUGAACUUUCCCUCUAAAAGUGGCGAGACAAAAUUUAAAGCUAAAGAGACUCAGCCUCCCAUCUAUGGUGCGUACUUGUACGAUGCUGUCUACCAGUUUGCCGUGGCACUCAACAAAUCCUACGCCAUAGAAGAAAAUCCAACAGGGAAAACCAUCAUCGAUCAACUAAGAGGAAUACAAUACGACAGUAUUUUAGGGUAUAAGAUCCAUUUCGACAACCGAGGAAACUCCGAAUUCAACCUCACACUACUGGAUCUAUACUCCAAACCUAAUGCCAAGUAUGCAGAAAUGGUCCCAGUUGGCGACUUUCAGAUAUUCUACGGCAACAGUUCAAGUGCUGGUGAACAGAUAUUCAUUCCCAGGUCAAACGUUAGCAUCAUCUGGCCUGGUGACAAAGGACCACCUAAAGAUUCACCGGCCUGUGGUUUCCAUGGUGAGCUUUGUCCAUCGCCUGUUGGUGACGAUGCCAAGAUGAAGAUAAUCGCUGGUGUGUCGGGAGCUUUGGCGUUACUCUCAUUGUUACUACUGCUAAAUAUUUACAGACAGUAUCGACUUGAGAAAGAGCUCAAAAGUUUGCUGUGGAAAAUUGAUUACAACGAGAUUUGUUUCGAGAAGAAAAGAAACUCAGCUUGUUCACUGGCGAGUUGCUUUGGCGUUGGCAUGAGAGAAAAUCAUGUAUUGGAGCCAUUACUUUGUGACGAUGAGGCUGAGGAGCUUUACAAACAUACGUUUAUUGGUAUCUUCAAGGGCAAUCUGGUAGCUGUCAAACGAUUGGCUAAGAAGAAUGUGGAUAUGACAAGAACAGUACUUAUGGAGCUCAAACAGAUGAGAGAUCUUAGACACGAUAAUCUUGUCCAGUUCAUCGGCGCAUGCGUAGACUCGCCCAAUAUUUGCAUAGUGACACAGUAUUGUCAGAAAGGAAGCUUACAGGAUAUUUUGCAAAACAAAGAUGUCAAGCUGGAUCACAUGUUCAUAGCUUCGUUAGUUUCAGACAUUGUUCGGGGAAUGGUGUUCCUACAGAGUGUUGAUGUCAAAUCUCACGGGAACCUCAAGUCCUCCAACUGCUUGGUCGAUAGUCGAUGGGUCGUGAAGAUUUCCGACUUUGGUCUUCCUACGUUUCGUGCCAAACAGACAAAGACAUUCCCUUCAGAGUCCCUUUAUUAUACAGAUCUUCUUUGGGUUGCUCCUGAAAUCCUCAGACUGGCAAAUCGGCCGGCCAGGGGAACUCAAAAGGGAGACGUUUACAGUUUUGCUAUCAUUCUAUCAGAGUUCCACACAAGAGAAGAACCAUUCAGUGCUAAUUACAUGGAUCCAAAAGAAAUCGUCCGACGGGUCCAAAACGCGGAGUUCCCUCCAUUCCGCCCCACCGUGCCCGUGCUGAUUGCUGGCGUGGAAGAACUACGCGAACUGAUGAAACAAUGUUGGCAAGAAGAUCCCGACUUGAGACCUGAUUUUAACGAAAUUAGGAAAAUCAUGAACAAGAUACUGAUCAAUAAUGGAAUGAAAACCAACAUUUUUGAUAACAUUUGCUACAUGAUGGAGAAAUACGCAGAUAGUCUCGAGGAGCUAGUUAUGGAGAAAACUGGUCAGUUGAUCGAAGAAAAGAAAAAGACAGACGCUUUACUGGAACGCAUGUUACCAAGGCCGGUAACAGAACAGCUAAAGCGAGGCAAAGCAGUGGAAGCAGAGAGCUUCCACGAAGUGACGAUAUAUUUCAGUGAUAUUGUAGGUUUCACAGAGCUUUCGGCAGAAAGCUCACCGCUUCAGGUUGUUAGUCUGCUUAACGACCUUUACACACUCUUCGAUGACAUCAUCUGUGAAUAUGACGUCUACAAGUGCGCUCCUUCUGCCCGGCAGGUGGAGACGAUCGGUGACGCAUACAUGGUGGUCAGCGGUCUACCUAUACGCAAUGGCUCGAGGCAUGCUGGGGAGAUUGGACGAAUGGCGCUACAUCUGAUCGAGGCUGUGAAGACUGAGUUCAUCGUCAGAUACAAACCCAAUUAUAAGCUGAAACUACGCGUGGGAAUACACAGUGGUCCUGUGGUGGCUGGUGUAGUAGGUAACACUAUGCCUCGUUACUGUUUAUUCGGUGAUACUGUUAACACGGCAUCAAGGAUGGAGUCCCAUGGCGAAGCACUAAGAGUACAUAUCAGCGAAGAUACUAAGAAGAUACUUGAUCAGUUGGGUGGCUUCAUAGUUGAACCCAGAGGAGAAAUACACAUUAAGGGUAAAGGCAAUCAAGCCACGUACUGGCUCGUAGAUGUUGCAGAUGAGAAACCUUUCCCAAAGCGACGACCAAAUUUAAACUCGAAUCCCGUGGACUCACCGCUUCUCAGUCUGCCCGGGUUCGCAAAGCCGUGUUUGAGUGGCUCAAAUAAUUCUCUGUCACUGAAACGCUCGCCAUCUUACAGGAAGAACUUCAAGAACCAGUCAGGCUCGCCUAUUGGCAUGAGGCGAUGGCAUAGAUUCGACAACGAAGAUGAUAAAGAUCAAACUACAAGGUUAUGGACUGAAAAAGAUGACACCAAAUACAGUGUAGUGUGAAAAAAAWAUAUAUAUAUAUAAAAGGAAAUUGUGGCAAAAAAAGGAAAAGAAGGUCUCGUGCUACUCACUUGAUAUUAUUAUUCCGACUACAAAAUGAAGGAACUAAAAUAGGAGCAUCCUUUAAUUAGUUUGAUCAAAUUACAAAAGAAAGCUACCAAAUAUAUUAACAUGAAUAAGUAGAGACAAUACAAGCUGAAGUCACGUGAUGUUAUUGACGUCACGUGAUAUCUUCGAUUAUUAGGCAAACAUAAUGUUGGAGCAUAUAAAAAAUUAGCCGUCUUGGAAA